AUGUCAAGCGAUCGUUCAUUUCAAUGUAAUGCCUCAGUAAAGGCUAUCGAUCGCAUUGGAGCACAACCAGAUGGAGAACGUCAACAAUUCAUUAUCGAUACAUUUGUUGAAUACUUUGGCGAUGGAAUCCGAAGUAAUCCAACAGCAUUUCGUGGUCGAUUCCGAAAAAUGGCUGCGUCAGCUUUUAAUUUCUAUCGUGGUUCAGCUCUCUUGUUCUACCAGGACUUGAAAAUUGAUCAAGAUCCAUGGAUUUAUGCUCAUCCAGCAGCUGGCAAAAUUUUCAUUCACGUAAGAAGUAUUAAUAAGGAGAAAUCAAUAGCUAACUUUUAUGUUUCUAUUUUGAUUAAUCAGGGUGAUUUACAUGCUGAAAACUUCGGUUCUUACCUCGAUAAUCAUGGAAUUUUAAAUUUUGAUGUGAAUGACUUUGAUGAAGGCUACUGUGGACCAUUCACAUGGGAUGUUAAACGUUUAUUGGCGUCGCUGAAUUUGGUGGCUUACAGCAAGGGUUUUUCUGAUUUAGAAAUCCAACGUAUUUUGACAACAUGCGUCGAACAGUAUUUGAAGCAAGUCUAUGAAUUUUGCAAACACGCCAAAGAUCAGUUUGCAUUAACACGAAAAAAUACUACGGGCAAAAUAAAGAAAUUGCUCAAUGAAACUCGAAUCAAAUCACGCGUUAAUCUCCUUGAUUCGAUGACAGUUAUUGAAGACUAUGAGCGAAAAUUUAUUCGAUCAAAAACUAUGACAGAUGUUGAUGGGAACAUGCGAGCUGAAAUUAUGAAGGCUUUCAAGAAAUAUCUGGAAUCGGUUCCAGAGAGUAAAAAGGAAAGUGAUGGCGACCAAAGCGGUCUCUCCUACAAUGUUAAAGAUAUUGUAGCACGUUCAUCACCUGGCAUUGGUUCGGCAGGAAAAAUUUCCUAUUCGAUUUUGGUCGAAGGUCAAUCUGAAACACUCGAAAAUGACGUUAUUCUUUAUAUGAAACCCGCCCAGAAAUCAGCUAUCAGCUAUGUUAUUCGAAAUCCGGAAUUGGAAAAGCUUUUUCAGCAUGAUGGUCUUCGUACUGUUUUGUGUUCAUAUGCUAUGCAAGCUUCAACACCUAAAUGGUUGGGUUAUACAACACUUGGAACAGUACCAUGUCUUGUCGAUGAAGUUACACCACACUCAGAAGACCUUGAUUGGAAUGAUGUCAACGAUUUAAACGACGUUCUCGAAGUUGUGAAAUAUUUGGGACAAGCAACAGCUAAGAUUCAUUGUGUAGCUGAUGCUGAUUGUGUGAAUACACCCAAAGAUGUUGCUUGUUUACCAUUUUCGAUUAUUCCAUUAGAAACAGAAAAGACUAUUCAAGAUGCUAUUCAAGGACGUGAUCAGCAAUUCGUAGACGAUAUGGUUGAAUUUGGCAGGGUGUAUGGUGCACAAGUUCGCCGUGAUCAUCAUCUCUUCUUCGAAGCUUUUCGUAACAAUCGUAUUCCAGGACUGUGA